AUGUCCCAGCGAGACACCUCGACUCGACCUGCAUCUCGUCCAACCUCCACGUCUCCAACUACAUCGGCAGAGAAAAGAGCUCGCCCGUUUGGACAAUCUGUCGGCAGCCAUGACGCGCCUAAUGAUACUAUCAAGGUACUACCCAAGGAGAAUUCCAAUCGAAGUCAACAGGUGCGGCCCACAUCUUUGGGAAUGCUGAAUAUACUGAAUCCAUCAGAUUCACGAUCAAGAGACUCACAUGUACCCCAAAUUUCUUCUGCCCAAGUUGGACAGCCUACAGGCGGGUAUUCUACCUGGACAAAUAGUUUUCCGCGACAGCCUGGCUCUGGCCACUCGUCGUCUGCAUCAUAUCCAGAAAUUUAUGUCGCAAACACCAAUUUCGGAUUGGGAUCUGAACGGCAUUCCCCAACUGCAGGGUACCCGUUCCCCAAUAUGAAUGAACCUCGGAAAACUCUUGGCCCGAAAAUAUCACGGCAUUCAAGUGUGAGCCAGAGUAGUGGUCGGCCUGGCGGGUCUGACCACAGGCCGCCCGGAUACGGUCCUUCAGCAUCGCCAGCCAAACGUACAUAUGAAGCCGAGUCAGCAGACGAGCGUAGGCAACUUCCCAGCUUGUGUCAAACUCCUGGAAUUAUUCACAUGACAGGACCUCGAGUCCUUACUCCGCCACCUCGAUCGCUUUCACAGCCUGGGAAUAGAGCUAUCGAGUCAUCUUAUGUUCAGGCACAGGCGGCACCACCUCGUGAUAUUCAAGCACUGCCAUCUCACCCUCAAUUUCAGCUUGGGCAACCUCAGGGCCCCCUUCCCAGUGUGAGCCAGCCGCCAGAGAGCCCUCCUUGGACAGAAGUUAUGCGUCGGUCCGCAGGGUCAGGGAGUCUGGAGGGACAGCAGGCCUAUAUGACUCUGCCAGGCAGCGAUGUCCCGAUACCCGUUCAGGUAGAUUACUCGCAAGCGUCUAGGAAAGCGGAUGAGAAGCGACAGCGUAACGCGAAAGCGUCAACCAGACACCGCCGGAAGAAAAAGACGAUGCAGGAAGAAAACGUGAGGCAAUUACAGGAACUCAAGGAUGAGCGACAGCAAAUGUCCGAAGAAAUGGAGUACUUACGACGUCAACGUGACUUUUACAGAGAGGAUAGAAACCGACUGCGAGAUAUCAUAUCCCGAACGCCCGGCAUUCAUCAGCAUGCUGCCGGGCCCCGAAGCCCAACUCCUACUAGAAGUAUCGAUUCACAUACAGACCACAGCCCUGUAUCACAGCACCUCAUGCCAACACCGACACAGGGUUAUUCUAGCGAUGCUGCCUCUGCAAUGGAUCGAGCAGCGCAACGACCAAAGAUGGAAGAGCGGGUCGACUUUGCCAGACCUGGACCCAGCACGACUCCCGUCGGCUUGGCGCCGCCUCAUGGCCACCUAUAUAACGUUCCUCCUCGUCCUGCAUCAGCUGCAUCCUCAGGAAGUGGAGAUAGGUUGCCGCCUUUGAGAGCUAUGGAAGGGCCAUCCACAGCGGUUCAACAUGUCGGGUCUGGACAAGCACAAGAACAAGAUCCUAGGACAGGUCAAUGGCGUCCAGUGCCCCCACGGCAGGUCGAAACAGGCUGGGCAACCGGCUUCAGAAAGACGGGUAAUGGUCAGACUCACCCUUGGUGA